AUGGCGGCGACUUCCUUAUGGAUGUUCGCUGGUAUGGCCGCUACUUCCCUGGUGAUGUUCGCUAAUAUGACGACAUUUUUGUCGGUGAUGUUUGCAGAAAAACACCACCUCGAAAUUCCACAUAUUUCUGAUAAAGAAAUGUACAAUUCUUCAAAGUGGUACGGUAUUAUUGAGUGGAGUAGCUUUUUUGUUCAGAGAGUGACAUCACUGCUGAAUCCUACAGUCAUGACUUGCUUCCCCUUUCUAUUCCGUAGAAGAAGAUUGAAUUCAAAAACACAAUUCUCAAGUGACAUUGAUGAUGAACUUUCUGGGAUCCACAACCUCAACAUUUUUACAUACAAGGAGUUGAGAGCUGCCACCAAUGAUUUUAGCCAAUCCAACAAAAUUGGGGUGGGAGGAUUUGGAGCUGUGUACAAGGGAAAGCUAAAAAGUGGCCAUAUGGCUGCGAUAAAAGUUCUUUCAGCCGAAUCAAAGCAAGGAGCACAGGAGUUCUUGACAGAAAUUCGAUUGAUUUCAGAAAUAAAUCACGAAAAUUUAGUGAAGUUAUACGGUUGUUGCGUCGAAGGCGAUCACAGGAUUUUGGUCUACAACUACCUCGAAAAUAACAGCCUUGCAAAAAUGCUUCUCGAUGAAUGGGCUGAUAAAAGCCAGUUUGAUUGGCGGACGAGGGUUAAAAUUUGCAUAGGAGUUGCCAGAGGGCUUGCCUACCUUCACGAGGAAGUGAGACCACAUAUUGUGCACCGGGACAUCAAAGCAAGCAAUAUUCUUCUAGACAAAGACCUGACUCCAAAAAUAUCAGAUUUUGGUCUAGCAAAACUCUUCCCUGAAGACAAGACUCACAUAAGUACACGUGUAGCCGGAACAAUAGGCUACUUGGCGCCAGAGUAUGCAGUACGAGGACAGUUGACACGCAAGGCAGAUAUUUAUGGCUUCGGUGUUCUUCUAAUUGAAAUAGUCAGUGGAAGGUGCAACACCGACUCAAGACUUCCAAUUGAUGAACAAUAUCUUCUCGAAAAGACUUGGCAACUAUUUAAAGAAAGGGAACUCGUGGGGCUCGUGGACACUUCCCUGAACGGAGACUUUGAUGCUGAACAAGCCUGCCGGGUUCUUAAAAUCGCACUCAUCUGCACACAGGAUUCUCCAAAAUUAAGACCUGCCAUGUCCAACGUUGUAAAAAUGCUCACGGGAGAGAUAGACAUCGAUGACGACACGAUCACAAAACCAGGGCUGAUCACUGAUUUCAUGGAGCUCAAAAUUAGAAGUAAUAAUCCAGCAAAGCCGGAUAAUAAUCGCAGCAGCAGCGGCAAUAACUUGUGCAAUUCUCAAGUAUCUUCUGGCUCUGAUAACAGUAGUACAACAACAUCAUCAACAACAAGGAGUAGUGUAGCAUCAGGAGUUUCUACUUUAGGCUAG